UUAAUACAAUAAUGUAUUAUCUCCGAAAGAAGGCAAAAUACUCCCAAACAGUCACUUCUUACAUUACUGUUGAUUGUUGGUUUAUGGCAUGGGUUGAUAACAUUGAGAAACAGUGGAGACAAUCACAAUGUGACAUGAGAUGCAUAUCACCGGACCAUGAUGUUGGACAAUGCAUUAGAGGAUAUAAGCUGCUUGCUAACAUUCCGUGGGAUAGGGUUGAUGAAGUAAUCAUCCCAGUCAACAUCAAUGACAAAUUCCAUUGGUUUCUUGUUGUAUUCCGAAUCAAAAGUAGAUGUCUAUAUGUAUAUGAUUCGAUGAUGGGAGGAUCUGUUCAUUCAAGGAAAGUCAAAGAAGCCGUUGAUAAGCUUGCAACCAUGAUUCCUUUAUUUCUGACGAGCACAGGGUUUUAUGGCAAAAGGCUUGAUUUGUAUGCGAAUAAUCUCCCUGAUUAUCAACAGAAGUCGUUACACAUAGUGUUGCAGAAACUUGCACCGACACCUGAUCCCUUUCUUAUUGAGGCAAAUUGUUUCUUCCAUUUUGUUGAGCAAAUGGGGAUCAACGAGGAUAUGAAUGUUGGAAUGGUCACAAAAGAUGAUAUAUCAAUUGCAUCAUCUAGCAAGUGUUCUAGUACUGCUACUAAAGAUUUGAUGAGUGAGAAGGACAAUGAAGAUCAAGAAGUGGAGUAA